AGCAACCCAAGCACCCCAGUAGCAGAGCAGCUGAGCGGAUUGAUUACUUACUACUCAGCGGUACCAUGAGCUCUGACCUCGAGUACCCCGAGCAUGACCUCGAGCGCGUUCAGAAGAGGGAUGCUUGCGAGUAGGACGGCACUGUCGCCACGCGCGACGGCACCACCCCUGCGCACCGGAACGAGGAGUGCGUCGACCGUGUCGGACAGUGCCGAAAGAAGACGGCGACGACAGCUGUACGACCGCAUCUUACGGGUCAACCACGCCGGUGAGUUCGGCGCCGACCGCAUCUACGCCGGUCAGCUCGCGGUGCUGGGAUCCAAGUCUGAGGCCGGCGCGCUGGUCCGCCACAUGUGGGAGCAGGAGAAGGAACACCUGAAGGCCUUCGAGGACCUCCUGUCGCGCAACAGGGCCAGACCCACGGCGCUGCUGCCCCUGUGGAACGUCGCCGGCUUCGCGCUCGGGGCAGCGACGGCGUUGCUGGGCAAGCGUAGCGCCAUGGCUUGCACGGUGGCCGUCGAGUCUGUCAUCACGGAGCACUACACGAGCCAGAUCAGGGAACUGCUCGCUGAUCAGGGGGACACCCAGCGCCACAAGGAGCUGCUAGACGUGAUCAGCAAGUGCCGCGAUGACGAGCAGGACCACCACGAUGUUGGGCUCGCGAACGAGGCGGCCGAAGCUCCCUUUUACCAGCUCAUGACGAGUGUCAUCGGGGCUGGCUGUAGAACGGCCAUAUGGGUGGCUGAGAGGAUCUGAUCACUUUCCUGGCCCUUGCUGCAGGCACAAGCACUGGUGUGCCUUCAGAUGUGUGAGACAUUUAGAAAAGUUAACCUGAAUUUCUUCUGUUUGUUUAAGCUCUCUCUUCAUUUGUCGAUUGCUGCUUAAGUGUUGCCUCGGUUAGUCCAUAGUGAGACUGGUUAGACUCGGAGCCGUACAUUGGGAGAGUAUGGCCAGUUAAAGAUCUUGCCGCCGUAACGACCCCCUCCCGAACGAGCCAGCAGCUUGUGGCGCAGAAUGAGAGGCGCGAAUGCACGCGCAUGAACUCCCUGCUGCUUCCAGGUGUAUGGGGAGGGCAGCCAUUUACGUUCAUUCGCCCAGUGGAAUGCAUGGGACUGACAUCCAAAUUUCGCCUCUUUCCCUUUAUUUCGCUGGCUCUGGCAAGAAAAUUAUAUAGUGUCAGUCCUUGGUGGGUUAAAAAGCUAACGAAUAAAGUUUUUUCGCCGUUUAACCGCAAACUUUUAUUCAGGUGAAAAAGAAGUCAGCCCGUAGCAGACGACGCAUAGCCUCAACAGUGCUCCGCGCCAAAAGUGUACUGCGUCAAAAUGGCAGGCAUUUCCUCUUUGCUCUCUCCUUCCUCUCUCGCUCCUUUGGUGCUCUCUCUCUCUCUCCCCCCCUUCACUUUUCUCAUCUCCACUGCCUUCGUUGCCACAUCCACUGGCCAGACUCUCCCAAUAUACGGCUCUGGUUAGGCAAUGGUGCCAUGCCAUCUCAAAAACAUGUGCCUUUUGGAAAUUUGAGAGACUUAACAUGUGGCUAAAGAAAUGGAAAUGAUUUAUGCAAUAAAUGGAACGGUGAAUCAGA